CUGCCGACAUGUAUGCAGAUAAGGAACGACUCGGAACCGUACCGGUGGUCAUUCGGUUGCGGUCGUUACACUACCCCCCUCCUUGUAGACAGAUAGUCCCAUAUCUGUGGGCGGGUUUUCUUGCUUAUCGGGGCUGUUGAACAGGUACAGUUGAAGAUUUUCUUGAGUCGGAGUGGAGUCGGGGUUGUAUCGGGGUCGAGCAAGGCUUGCGUAGUUUCCCUUACUGUCAGUCAUGUUGCCUUUACCUCGAGUGUCGUUGUUAUUGUCGCCCGUUUCCAUCCCAACCUGCUAGUCCACCUGGCAACGCGUUGUGUGUAUAGAAGUGAGCUUCCGUAUCAUGUUCUGUUCCUUAACAAUCUCAACAACAUCUACCUAUUUAACAAUCGGCAAUGCCAAUACCUACCACUCCCGGAGCACUUCCGGCGGCCCACAGGGUCGUUUGCCUUCGGUCGGUCCGGGCUAUGGCCCGUGGCCAAUUUGUCGAUUUUGAGUUUGCUUCGGCGAGCUCUAAGAAGUGUGCAUAUUGCACACUACAGAACGAGAAGUGCAACCCGGUGCCCGCCUACGCCGGGGCCGAGUUUGCCGUAUUUUGGGAGGCCCUCGGGGCUUACGAGCUUGCCCUGGGGAGCGACGAGGAGGGGGACCGAAAGGCCUCCGAGGCUGGGGUGCGUUCUGCCGCCUACGAGUUGGCGAGCUGUGUGCAGGUGGCGACUGCCCAGUUCAAGAACUUGUCGGCGGUCGACGUGCUGCUGGCCAGCCAUUAUCAAAUGGCUGAGGAGAACCGGGCCCUGCGCGGGCAGCUUUCGGAGAUGGCGGAGGCCAUGGUGGCGUUGGCGAAAGCUCAGGCGGAGCUGACGGCGAAGGUGGGGGGAAUGGGGUCCGUAACCGCUCGGGGGGGCGGUAGGCGCGCAGGUCGAGAGGGGGGUCGAGGUGGAAGGAGAAAGCGUGAACGAGGAGGGGAAAAGGAGGACGAGGAGAUGGGUGGUACGGUGGAAGGCGGUUCCAAUAGUGAGCUGUCUUCGGUCCACGAAUUCUUGUCGGGUGACGAGGUGGAGUGAAGACGUUCACGGGAGGAACAGGUCCGAAGCAGGUCCGGAUGUACAUUAGUUGGUCUUUGUAAAUUAAUCGUGCC